AUGACGGUCCCGAACACAUUAUACUACCGCAAAGCGAUGGCUGCCGAUGUCGCCGCGGUCCUGAAACUUAUCAGAUCCGCCUUCCGAGGCGAGGAGAGCCGCGCAGGAUGGACUACGGAGGCCGACCUUAUCGCAGACGAUCGCAUCGAUCAGGAAUCUCUCCUCGGAAAGAUUGAACGCUCGGAUGGCAUGGUCCUGCUGGCUCACGAUCACGCAGGCAAGUUGGCCGCAUGCUGCGAAAUCUCCCGACAAGACGGGCAGGACGGCUACUUAGGGCUUCUAGCGGUUGAUCCGCUGCGGCAGAUCAGUGGUAUAGGAAAGAAGUUGCUUACCGAGGCAGAGGUCAUCGCCAAGGAAAAAUUGGGCGCUUCCAAGCUUGAGAUACGUGUUAUCUGGACAAGAGAUAGCCUGAUUGAAUGGUAUACCAGGCGGGGUUACAGCAACACAGGAAGGGCAGAGCCGUUUCCGUAUGAUCAACUUGUCAAUGGGAAGGCGUUACGGGAUGACUUGUAUUUCAUUAUUAUGAAGAAGGAACUUGAGAGCUCAGCGCUUUGA